AUGAUGAUCAGACGAUUCUUUUCCUUCAAACUUCCAAAGCUACCGUUUGGGACAAGAGAAUUAGCCCCAGUUUAUGAUGACAACACAAUCUCAUAUUCUCUAUUAAUUAUUUUUUAUAACAAAAUCAAUUUUUCUUCCACAAAAUAAAAUAAUAAAAAGUGUUUUGGCUGUAAUUAAAUAAAAAUGCUUAUAAUGUGUAUACCAUUGGGGAAAACACCACCAGACCUAUGUUGACAAUUUAAAUAGUGUCUUGCUUCAUCCCUCCCCAUCCCAUGUCGGUGAAAGUAUCCUUGGAAAACUAAACGAAGCCCUCGGUAAAGCUUCUCCUUCAAUGCUGAAAGAAAAGCUCCAAAAACCAAUGGAGCAAGCUGCAAGUGCCCCCGGGUCUCAGCCGCACCCACCUAUUGAUGAAAAAGCUUCACAUAAAGCAGAUGACGCAAUGAAGCAAGCCAAAGAAAAAAUGCAGGAUACAGUCAAAGACACUGAAGGACUCAAAGAUAAAGUGCUUCACAAGAUAGAUGAAGCCAUGGGAGACUAUUCACCUAAUUUUCUUAAAGAACAAGUAAAACACUCUCAAGAAGAAUCUCAUAAAUCUGAGUCUGAUUUACCUUUAUUAGAAAUUAUCCAAAAUAGAGCUCAACAAUCAGUCCCAUUAAGAAAUAAUGGCGGAGGCCAUUACAACCAUUGUUUAUUCUGGCUUUGUCUAGGUACCGCCAAGAAGCCCCAACUGGCCGUCUCCUAGCUGACAUCAACAAAGAAUUCGGCAGCCUCGAAAAUUUCAUAAAAGAAUUUUCUACCCACGCAACUGAAGUUUUUGGGGCUGGCUGGACCUGGCUCUGCCUAAACCACCAAGGAAGACUAGAAAUCCUAGGACACCCCUAACCAGGACAACCCACUUAUGAAAGGCAUCAUAAAAAAAUCCAUCAAUUCCAUUUUUCACCCUUGAUUUGUGGGAACAUGCUUAUUAUUUGCAAUACCAGAACAGAAGACUGGAAUAUGUCCAAAAAAUGUGGAGCAUUGUGAAUUGGAAAAGAAUAGAAGAAAUGUAUGAACAAUACGCGAUAAAUGAAAAACCGGUCCCUGUAGACCAACUUUUGGAAGCAUAA